AUGGAGCCAGAUAUACAGCAUUUUGUACCGCAAGGUACCAUUCCGACGGAAGGAGAAUUCGUCAAAUAUCUUUGUGAUCGCACAUUUGUCGACUAUUUCAACGUGUUUCUGUCGCUUCCGGUAUUUGCACAGAGACUCAUCUACCGUUACUCGUUGCAGUCAUUUGAACUAGAUCCACCACUGAAGAGAAGUCAAUAUGAUUUGGACAAAGUCUGGUUAAUGGCUUGGGUACGGACACAGAGGGCGCCACUGUUUUUCAAAACUGAUCUAUUCAAUGAGUUUUUGUUAUGCAAGUAUUUACAGAAAACAGUACUUCGUUUGUCGGCAAGUUCGCAUGACAUUUGUUACAGUGCCGUGAAAUCCAAACGUGAUGAACAUCUUAUGUUAAAAUGCAUUGGUAAGGUUUCUGGAAUGAGAAAGUUUCGUAAUUUUCUGUCAACUACGGCAGGAGCCAAUAGUUUCAAGUUCUGGCUAGAUGCCGAACAGUUCAGAAGAUUACCGAUAUCAGACACCGAAAAGCAUCGUGAGCUCUUUCGCCAAAUUCAGUCGAAGUACUUCAAAAAUGGUGCGGCGCUCGAGUUGCCUGAAAAUGCUAAAUGGGUUGCUUUUUCAGAUAAUUCAGAUACAACCCGCUCCAUGAGCUUUGACGGUGGGUCCUCUCGAUUUCCGUCACCGGAUUUCAAGUGUCGAGGAAAGCGUGGCAGCAUCGUCGGCAGCGGAGUGGAAUUCAGCGGAAGACUGCGCUCAGGAUCCAUAUACGGUGAUCACAACGUAUCUAUCUUUGCAAACAACGUGUUCGUCGCGAUGCAGAAUUUCGUUUUGAAGACUCUGCGGACGUACUGGUUGCCGAGAUACGUCAUUCACUGUAAAGUCACGUGGCACAAACGAGACUGCAACUUUGAUUUGUCGAUACAACCACCUGUACAAUCAGAUUUCGAACAGGCGGUUAUGGACAUCGUUGAUGACAUGGGGGAUGCCGGGAAGAAGGCGAGGCAACAGUUUCUGGACAAACAGAAAUUUAGCCAUUUGAUGUCUAUGUUUAGGUCGACUGAAAUACGAGGACCUCUUGAACUUAUUGAGGAGGACGACGAGUUCCAGUUGUCGGACGAUAGCAGUAGCAGUAGUAGUGAAGAGGACAUAGUCGAUGAAUUCUCAGAUGGUGAAAAAAAUCAAGGUGGUGAAAAAGAAACUGAGAGCACAGGGCGGAAGAGCACGGGGCGUAAGAGCCGUGGGGCCGAGUUCGCAUUACCUACUUUAGAAGAAGGCGAAGAGGAAGAGGAGGUGGAGGAAAUAGCGGUGAGUAGUCCUGAAGACAGUCCGCAACCAAAAGAGCAACCCAUAGUCGCGGACAAAAGCAACGUGGCUGAGGCGGAGGCGAAAAAUAAAGACGCGAAGAAUAAUGUUUUAGAUAAAUAUAAACGUCGAAAUAGCAAGCUUGGAAGUUUCCAUUCAACUGGCUCGUCGAAGGAUAGUUUACUGUCUUUGGGCGGAACUGACACUAAUAGUUACUACAUGAUGUCAAUUUCCGGUAAGAUACGACGUAAAACUGCCGCCAAUCCAACUAAGAAACGACGUAAACACAUACCUGGAGAAAAAUCCAAUCAGAUGUCUUACGUGUUUGACUUCGAGACCAUGACACUGAUGCGACGAGACGAGUUCGAUAAACUGAAAAAAGAACGGAAACAGAGAGACAAGGAAAGAAAAAAAGAAGAGAAAAGAUUAGCUGCAAUAGAGGCUGCGGCGUUGACAGCUAUGUCGAAAUCGAAAAAGGGUAAACAACAAGUAAUGUCUGGCAGUAAAGGUUCGAUUAAAGAUGGGGGGAAAGGCAAAAGGGGCAGUUUACCACCAAUAGCGAACAGAGGAAGACGAGAUACAGUGUUUGCUCAUCGGGCGCCAACUGUUGAACUAUUAAAAGCACACGGCAAAAAACGAAAAGGUUCCCUGAAAACACCAUUACCCAGUAACAACAAACAAAAGCGUAACUCUAUUACCGGCUCUACAAGCGGCAAAUCAUCGCCAGGUUUAAAACUUUCCAAAGACACGAUGGGCAUUUUGAACCACGUGACACUGUCGAAUACCUCGCAAAGGUUGUCAUCGAAAUCACGUUCUCAAGACUCGCCAACUAGUCGCAACAAGAAGGAGGGUGAGAAGGAGCACGAAAGGACAUUCGAUGAGCAAACACAUGAUGAUGACGAAUUACUAUUACACCUACCCGAUAUAUGUCUUUCGGAAGAGAUCAUAACACGAGGCAUUCGAGAAGGCGAUGGUGACUUCCGUCGUCCGAACUCCAGAGGACGAAGAUCAUCGUCUGCACAGAGUGAGCAUCAGAGUUACGAUCUGUUUCCCAGACUCUCCGAGGAGAAACUUCACACGGCAGCGCCGGUCAGCAAGCUCUGCGAUGGCUUUAUUGAUUUCCAUCUUGGUGAAACUAACUACAAAUACACCCACAUAGGUUUGGUUAACGCCAUUGCUGCUGAUAGACUAGCGGGUAUGCCAUUUCGUACAUACCUCCAAAAACAUAGGCAAGUUAAAAUGAUCAAUUACUUGACCUUCUGGAACAAAUCUCAAGAGUACUUGGCCACUGAAUAUUAUCACAGUGACACAACAGACCGCUCUAUUAAGUAUCGCUGUGCUAAGGAGAUCAUCUCAAUGCAUCUUGUCAAAGGAGGAAAGUCGUCUGUGAAUAUAGGCGAACAGUUGGCCAAUAAACUGGUUGAACUUCUUCCCGAGGGCCUAGGAAACCAACUGUUGAUGCAUGCUCAAGAACUAGCAUGCGAGGCUCUUAAAGAUUCAUGGAUGAUUUUCCAGAAAUGCGACGAGGAACGUUUCUUAAGACAUACAACUCGAAGAAAGAAGGUUCCUGAACACGAGGCAACCAAGGAAGACAUAGGCAGAGUUCGGGGCACUGGCUUCCCAGACGGCCUCCCUCAAAUUUCCAAGCCAGUACACACAAAGAACAAGAAAGGCGCCGCUGUUCUACCGUCUGCUAGGACUCAGCGUGAAAGAUUCGACGAGUACCAUGACGACAAAGAGACAAGACCGCACACAGAACAGGCGCCACCUAACGUUAUCGCACCACACCGAAUGGCAAGGGCGCUUAAGCUGGCGGGAGGAAUUUCUCAACUCGGCAUUGAAAAAGACGAAAUCAGCGACCUGAGCGAUAUUGACGAUGAAGACGAUGAGGGGAGUCUUAAGAGAAGGGAACAAGUGGUCAUCAGAAGACGUAAGCCGGUCGAGAUAAUACGUAUGACACCACGUGUUGCAAGUCGGUCAGCAGGUACAGCAAGUGGACUGCUAAGCGGCAUGAGUAGACAUAGUGUUAUGAGUAUGUCAGAAAUUCAGAUCAGAGAUCGGGCUUCUGGUGAUCAGCCAUUUUUAUUGAAAAGCAUCCAAAAAAACGGGCGGACAAUCAAAAGACCACCAAGACCAAGAAAUUUCUACGAGGUUCUUCGUGCAUCCGAUCAUUUGGAAUACUUUAAGCAGUUCUUAAUGAAAGAGAAGUCGGAAACACCGCUGUUAUUCUGGCAGGCUGUAGAGACUAUGAAACAGUGCAAAGAUGCCAAGACGAGGUCCAAAAAAGCAACCGCCAUUGCCAGGAAAUUCUUCAGCAAAGCGACAGGAUCAGGUGCAGCGUUAGAAUGUAGAGCCGAAGUUAUUGGAGAAAUUCCAAAAAUGACCAAUGUGACGCCGCCAAUGUUGCUUUCUGCACAGGCUUGUAUCGUGAAAAGUAUGGACGAACAAUGGUUCCAGAGAUAUUUUGACACAUUUCCAAGUGAUGGAAUAGAACAGGAUGCCAGGCAUCAGGAGGUAUCGGCUGCCCCAGACAAAAAAUUCUGUCGCGAAAAAACGAAAGCCUUCUGGGCUAUGUUCAUCCAAAAUGUGAUCAGUUUCCGCCGAGGCCUCAUGACGCCAGCCACCCUGAACCUCUUCAAACAAUUUUUAAAAGACGAAAUAGCAGCUGACUUGGAAAAACAAAGGAUCACGGGAAAUACCAGCAGAAAAGUGAUCAGUCACAAAAUCAUUAGCGUUGAGAGACUAGAAAGUGACCUGGCUUUCUGGGCUGAAGUAGAGAGAUUUAAAGAAUGCGUUGAUGAGGUCGCCCGUGCAGCACUCACUGGGACGUACUCGCCAGACGACGAGAUACUGGUUCACAUGAAAGCCCAAGCUAUCGUGGAUUGUUUUAUAGAAUCACAACUGCCACCAAAACUGCAGAUCAACGUAUCCCAGGACACAGCGGAUGCCAUUUUGGAUGCAUACCACAAUGGUGUUAUAGAACGGGGUCUUUUCCACGAUGCAGCCGUCUCAAUCUUCACAGUUCUUCUCCACUUUUGGAAAAAAUUCUGUAGGGAGCGGUUUAAACCGAAACAUUCGGAGAGUAGGAACACGAUUGUGCCCCACGUACCCCCGAAAAGGGUCUCGAAGAAGCAGCCAAAUUAUCUUGAAAUCAAUAAAAAGAAACUUUACAAGAUGGUGGCUGGAGCAAUAGACGACGAUCCAAUGAUUUCGUUCAGUUUCUCACAUGGUUUGCGAUUGAUAUUACCACCCCAGAUUCCCAAAGAUCUAAGAGUUGACGAAAAAAGACCUAUGUUCCUCUACAACUAUAACCAGCAUGGUCGCCAAUAUUCGAAAUUCGUCGAUGAUAAGGGAUGCAGAUUCUCGCGGCUUGCAGAUCUUCGAAAACUGAAGCUACCAGGGACCGGAGACUUCGGUGAAUCGUCAUCAUCCUUACCAUGGCUCCCCGCUUCGCCUGGCGAUAUAUGUGAGCUGAGUAGAACAAACAAAUAUCUACAAGAAGAUUCUCAUGGAUAUAUAUUUUCACCAAAUUAUCCAAACAAUUAUAGUCAUGACAAAUCAUGUGAAAUUAAUUUAAUUGCUCCACAAGGAUUCUAUAUAAGAACACAUUUUCUGGAUUUUAAUAUAGAACGUUGCAAUAAUGGAUGCAAUUGUGAUAACCUAAUUAUUGUUGGUGAAGAAUUAACAACUCCUUCACCAUCUCUAAGAAGACACUACUGCGGUUAUACAUUGCCACAUGAUUCUAUUUCAGUGCAAAAUACAAUCAAAUUAAUAUUUUAUUCAGAUACAACUAUUAGUAAGACUGGCUUCAAGAUGGAAUUCAUAGUAGUUAAAAGUGAAACACCUUGUGGGACAAGAAUAAGUGUAAACUCUGACAGCCAUUAUACAGAAAAGAAAUCAUCAAUAUCAAGUCCCAGUUUCCCAGAGCCUUAUCCUUCUUAUCUGCAUUGUAUGUAUCAUAUUGAGGCAAAUUAUGAUGCAAGAAUUAGAAUUUUAUUUGAGGACUUUCAAUUGGAAAGUACAUCAGAAUCUUGCCAACACUACGUCAAGAUAUGGAACUCAUCAGAGUUAGAUGAAGACUCAAUAGUUGGUCAAUACUGUGCUGACAAAAGACCAACACCAUUCCAAUCAACAGGUCAAGCAGUAACAAUUUCAUUUUUUGCCAAUAAUAAUACAAAUGGUGUUGGAUUUAAAUUCUCUUAUGAAAUUGUCACAGAUUGUGGACAUAGUACGUUAGAUCCAAUUGGAGGAUCAUUAAUUAAGGAACCAAUUAUGUCUGAUUUCUCUGUUGCUGGUGGACGUAUAUAUUAUGACUGUGUUUGGACAUUGUCUGCUCCAGCAGGCCAUAGAGUACUUCUUUAUAAUAAACUUUUUCCACAUACUGUUUCAGAUGAAUUCAAUUCUGUAGAAAUUCGCAAUGGACGGACAUCAGUAUCUCCUUUACUACAAACAGAGAAUGAUCAUUGGUCAACUGCAACAUUAACUACAAGUAAUUGCGUAUAUAUUAGACUUACUGCAUGGUUUCAUUCCAGUGAUGCAUUUCUUAUUGUUUAUGCUUCAUUCAUUAGAGCAGAAGAUGGUAAAUGUGCUGAUAACUUUUUUCUAUGUGCGGGUGAAAUGCGCUGCAUACAUUCCAGCUUAAUUUGUGAUGGGAUUGAUCAUUGCAAAAAUGGACCAAGUGGAAAUACCAGUGAUGAUGAAAGAUCUGAGCUUUGUUCAUUCAGUACAACAGUUUUGAAUGACAAUGGAAGCACAGCAGUGAUUAUCCAAAAUACAGCGAGUCAUAAUGUAUCAAGUAAUGGGACAGAGGUCAACUCUUCAGUUUUUAGUCCAGAUAUCGCAUAUACAGUCAGUGCUAUGUCUGUUCUCACCAUGGUUAUUCUACUACUUAUUAUCAGUAUUAAAAUUUGGAUGAAUAAGCGAAAACAGGCAAGAGCUGCAUCAGCUAGCAAUGACAUUGGUUCAGAAGAUGUUUUAGAUACAAAUACAGUCACAGUUACAACUCGAACAACUCCAUUUAUAUAUAUUAAUCCAUCGUUUGAUCCAGAGAAUUUAGGGAUUGUACCUCCUCCACCUUAUGACCAAGUCAUGCAGUCUAUAGCCAGUCAUAAUGGACUAGAGUCAGGGACUGAAAAUAGAAGACACUCAAGUGACCCACCACCGUAUUAUCCCGGACAUGAAACACCAAUCAUGAAUCCAAUAUACAAUGCCCGUAAUACUGUGUGGAACAAUGGUUAUCUUGCAAGCCAUGGGUUUGAAGGUACCAACAAUAGCAUAGACUAUGGAUAUUAUGGAGGCAGUUUGCAGGUAUCUACCAGUUUACCACCCCAUAGAACAAUGUAUAAUUCUGACAAUUACAUGUGUCAAGAUGAUGACAGUCAUUAUGAAAAUGAUAUAAGUACUGAAAAUAACAAUGAUACUGCCACAAGUGAAGAUAGCCAAGAUGAUGGUAAUAUUUAUUUGGGUGAUGGAGAGGAAGAGCUUCAUGAUAAAGACAAUGAUGAUAUUCUGGAUUGUUCACUGUUAGUUGUCUCAUAUGAUAGAAAUGAUGACAAUGAAGAGGCAAAUAGCUCAACAUCAGAUAGAAACUCAGAACAGUCGUUAUACUUGGAUCCAGAAUGUUCUGUUGAAGUAACUGUCUUAGGUUGCCCAGCCAGUGAGAGUGGUGGUGCCAAGGUUGAUAUGUUAACAGCUGGUGUAUUUCAAAACAUUGAUGUAGUGAUGAAAUCACAGCCUCAACACCAUAACAUAGCAAAGGCAGUCUUACUGGACAUGCUGCAGAUGAAGGUAACUUAUAGCGGCAAACCAACGCAUGCAUCAUUACCAUGGGAAGGCAGGAACGCUCUGGAUGCGGCAGUGUUGUGUUAUAAUAAUAUCGCAGCAUUGAGGCAACAGACAAAAACAAGUAUGCAGAUACAUGGCAUUAUCAGUAAAGGUGGCGUGAUGCCAAGCAUGAUUCCUGAGGAAACUGAAAUGGAAUUCUAUUUACGAGCAGCAGACGCCAGAGAUCUCCAUAUACUGCAGCAGAAAGUAGCAGCAUGCAUCAUAGCUGCUGGGAAAGCUACUGGCUGUGAAGCACACUUUGAGUUUUCAGGGAAACCAUUUCGUAAUAUGCUUCACAAUGACGUGAUGGUAGAGCUGUUCCAGAAACAUGCCGAAAUGCUUGGAGCAAUUUUCCCAUCAGACCCCGAAGUACUUGUCACGCCUACUGGUUCAUCCGAUAUGGGUAAUGUGUCGUAUGUAGUGCCAAGCAUUCGACCCACGUUUAGUAUUGACACUCCUGCGAUUGUGAAAACGGCCGCAUACAACCAGGCUGUAGGCACAAAAACUGCACAUAAAUGCACACUGAUAGUGGCGAAAGCCAUGGCUAUGGCAGCUGUGGAAGUUCUGGAGGAACCUGAACUCUUCGAGAAGAUUAAGAAGAAUUUUGAGAUUGGAUCAAUACCACACUCGCCAAGUGAUUCAUUGAGAACUCGUUUAUCGAGUUUUGGUUUCACUAAUGGUGAUGCAAUGGAAAAUUAGUUAUUUUACAAUCCUUUGUCGCGUGGCUUGGUCAGUUACCUGUAUGCUAUUUCUAUUUAAACAGAUGUAUAUUG